AGGCGGCAGUGAUGGGCACUGAUCAAAGGAGGCACUGGUAGGUUGCACUGAUGGGCAUUGACAGGCAUCACUGAUACAUGGCACUGACUGGCACUGAUGGGUGACAUUGAAAGGCAGCUCAGAUGGGCACUGAUAUGUGGCAUUGAUGUGCACUGGUAUGCACUAAUAUGUGGCACUGAUGGGCACUGGCACGUGGCACUUCUGGGGCCACACUGAUCAUCAGGGCACACUGAUCAUCACCGAUUACCGGCUCUCCUCUCGAGCUGUCAUGCUGACAGCUCGAGAGGAGAGAAAUGCCGAUAACCGGCAU